AUGGGUCUGUUCCAAAGUUGCAUGCGGAAGAAUAAAGUGGGCAUCCUGUCAGAUGAGGAGGAAGCUGCCUACAAAAAGAUAGAGAAGGUGAACAACGAAGAUGUGGAAGAGGAGGUUCACACUCGGACUCCAACUCUCCUAGAUGUCAUGUUUUGUGUGACAUCAAAUAAGGUUCAUAGCGAUUCCAAUAAUAUCGAAGACAUUAGAUCAGAGGUUAUCAAAAAGAGUGAGUUGGUGCACCCCACCUACAAGUCGAGUGUUCCCAAACUACCUCCAAUCAAUGGGAACAUCAUGAGAAUCCUGAUUCUUCCAAUUGACGACGAGGCCGAUUACCAGAAGUGGAAAGAUGAAACUCACAAAGUUCUUCGGGAGAAUGGUCUCUUGAAAGAAGACAAGCUGGCGGAAAGAAGAAGAAAACUGAUUGAACGGGGCAAACUGAAAAUCUAAAAAAGAAACAAAUACAUUAUCAUAAUGUAGUGAACAACAUGGAAGUGAAAACGUCCAGCUAUCAUGUUCAAAAAUAUUUAUUCAUUUACCUGCAUUUAUCUGUUUAUUGAUUUAUUUCAUCCAAUUAUAUUUUCAUUCGUUUAUUUUUUUGUGUGAGGACAGAGGGGACACCCGAGCUAUUUUAACAGUUGACAAAAUAUUUGGCUUUAAUUUGAAUUAUUUUCUUUGUUUCUUUGGAUUAUUUACUUAUAUUUGAAAUUUUAAGGAUGUGGGUCUCGAAGGCAGAUCUGAGGCUCACACUGCUGACCAAAUUUACUUUCUCAAAAUUACUUUUUUGGUUUUCUUUUAUAAUCACAUUGCAGAAUUACCAGAACAAAAUUAAUUCACAUCUUUCGGAACUUUCGACCCAGGGAAUAUCCAUUCCGCGAACAGAAGGAAUAGUGUUCCCUGUCAAAAACGUGAAAUGAUUAAUAUCUACUUCUAUGUUUAGAGAUGUGUAAAGUACAUAAGUUCCGUU